GUUUUGCGAGUUUGGAGACAAUUUUUUCACUUCCAUUUGUCUUUUUCCUCCUUCUCUCGUUAUCUUGUGUCUUAUUGCUUCCCCGGUUUCAUCGGCUGACUCGGCCAGGUUUUUGUGAAGUGCAUCUAUCCAUUUGCUAUCAUAUUCCACUCGACAAGUUACCCCCGCAGUUGUUCUGAUUAGCGAUCUUGACUGCCGCCUUCCUCCUCCCCCACGCGACCCUCCCUCAUUUCUACCGCGGGCUCGCUCUCGCCAGCAAAUACUCUCGAAAUGGCAGACCAACACGAGGUCGAUCUCGACUCUAUAAUCGACCGUCUACUCGAGGUGCGAGGCAGCCGGCCUGGCAAGCAAGUUCAGCUCCUUGAGGCUGAGAUCCGCUACCUCUGUACUAAGGCUCGUGAGAUCUUCAUUUCUCAGCCCAUCCUCCUCGAGCUUGAGGCCCCCAUUAAGAUCUGUGGUGAUAUUCACGGACAGUACUACGAUCUUCUCCGACUCUUCGAGUACGGUGGCUUCCCUCCCGAGGCCAACUACCUCUUCCUCGGUGAUUACGUCGACCGAGGAAAGCAAUCUCUUGAGACCAUCUGCUUGCUCCUCGCCUACAAGAUCAAGUACCCCGAAAACUUCUUCAUCCUUCGAGGUAACCACGAGUGUGCCUCCAUCAACCGUAUUUAUGGAUUCUACGACGAGUGCAAGCGUCGCUAUAACAUCAAGUUGUGGAAGACUUUCACCGAUUGCUUUAACUGCCUUCCUAUCGCUGCUAUCAUUGACGAGAAGAUUUUCACCAUGCACGGUGGUCUGAGCCCUGAUCUCAACUCUAUGGAGCAGAUCCGCCGGGUUAUGCGCCCUACUGAUAUUCCUGACUGCGGUCUUCUCUGUGAUCUUCUGUGGUCUGAUCCCGAUAAGGAUAUUACUGGAUGGAGUGAAAACGAUCGAGGUGUUUCUUUUACUUUCGGUCCUGAUGUUGUCUCGCGUUUCCUCCAGAAACAUGAUAUGGAUCUUAUUUGCCGAGCUCACCAGGUUGUUGAGGAUGGCUACGAAUUCUUCUCCAAGCGCCAGCUGGUUACACUAUUCAGUGCGCCCAACUACUGUGGUGAAUUCGACAAUGCUGGUGCUAUGAUGAGUGUCGACGAGAGUUUGCUGUGUUCUUUCCAGAUCUUGAAACCCGCUGAAAAGAAGCAAAAGUUCGGACGACGUUAAACGAUCGCAUCCUCGACCGGCGUGGAUGACCACUGCGACGAAGAACGAACGACUCGACUCGGGACUUGUCUCGAUCGAAGCGCACCCCCGAUCUCCGCC